AUGGCGUACGGCCAGACGGGCUCUGGCAAAACGUAUACAAUGGCAGGACCCCCUCCUUCACAAGGCCCCUUGCAAGAUCAGGACCAGGGCAUCAUGCCACGAGCCAUUGCACAGUUGUUCAACCGCCUGCAAAGGUCGGAGUUCAUGCAGUGGAGCGUGUCAGCGUCUUAUGUGGAGAUCUACAAUGAGACCUUCCGGGACUUGUCAGAGCCGUCCACCAAAGCUUCGGACAUCACGAUCUUUGAGGAGCAGGGUGUGGUGGCCCUGAACAAUGUGCGCCGCAUCAAGUGCAGCAAUGCGGCUGCAGCAUUGCAAGUUCUGGCAAUGGGCCAGAGCAACAGAGCGGUGGCAGGCCACGCCCUGAAUUCCAGGUCCUCCCGCUCGCACGCAAUAUUCACCCUCUGGUGCGAGACCAUCAAGUCAGAGGGGCACACAUUCCUGAGCAAGCUCAAUAUGGUGGACCUGGCCGGAUCAGAGCGCAGUUCCAAGACAGGCACAGAAGGGGCCAUCGCCAAAGAAGCCAUGUACAUCAACAAGUCCCUGUCCUUUCUCGAACAGGUGAUAGUGGCGCUGUCAAAAAAGGGCACCAAGCAUGUGCCCUACAGGUCAUCGAAGCUCACCCACUUCCUGAAGGACUCCAUCGGAGGCAACUGCCACACCCGCCUCAUUGCAUGCAUCUGGUCUGAUGCGGCCCAGUUGAACGAGACCAUCUCGACAUGCCGCUUUGCACAGCGGAUGAUGCAGGUGACCGUGGACGCUCACAGGAAUGGCGGGGGAAUAUCCGCGGUGCAUGGCAACCUCAUGAAGCUCGACCCUGCCCUGCAGCAGUACCUCACGCAAAUGACCGAGGCGGCUGUCACGCGCGAGAGGGCAAAGCUGUAUGCCGAGGUGAAAGAGAACCUCCUGCGCCAGGCCGCCUCCAAUGAUCAAGAUGAGCUGGCACUGCUCAGGAGCAGGCAAUCUCUGCAAGCAGAGCUGGAGAGCCAGACAGGCAGGGCGGGCGCAGAUGCUGAGUCAGCGGCUGAGCUGGAGGAGCUGCGCGCGACCGUGACGCAGCUGCAGGCCGGCUGCCGGUCCCAGGGCGCUGCGGAGACGGAGCGGCUGCUGUCAGAGCUCAAGUUCCUGCGGCAGCAGGUGCAGCAGAUGAGCUGCGAGGAGUUGGAGAGGCGCUCAUGCAGCAGCCGGGGCCUCAGCACCGAGGGCCCGGCGUCGCCACGCAGCGCUUCAAGCAUAACAUCCCCGCCAGCAAGCAGCACGGCGUCCAUGCUCGACUCGGGGCCGUCAACGGCUGAAGACGCGAGCGGCCGGCCAGACACGCACUGCUCCGCCAGCAGCUGCCCGGCAGUUGCCAGCGGCGCUGACUCCGACGAUGAUGACAAGCAGCGGUUGAGGGAGCGCGUCCGCGAAUUGGAGGCAGCAGAGCGGCGGCUGAGGCAGCUUGAGGCCAUCAGCGCAGCGCAGGAAGAUGAAUUGGGGCGCAAGCAGCAAGGUCCAGGGCUACUGCAGCGGAUGUUCAGCAAGAGUGUGAAGCGCUCGGAGCAUCCCUCCUUCGUGGGAUUCCCCAAGAGGGACUUUGGGGAAGAGGCUCAGGAGGAUGCAGCGCCCAGCAUCGUCAUCCUCAACUCGCUCACGCACGAUCAACUGGUGGACCUCCUGAAGAUGAGGGGAGCCACGACCUUCUGA